AUGGACACGAAGUGGGUGACCUCUGAGUUGGCAUGGACAACUCAUCCGGAGACGGGGUGGGAAGAAGUCAGUGGUUACGACGAGGCCAUGAACCCCAUCCGCACGUACCAGGUGUGCAACGUGCGGGAGGCCAACCAGAACAACUGGCUUCGCACCAAGUUCAUCCAGCGCCAGGACGUCCAGCGCGUCUACGUGGAGCUGAAGUUCACCGUGCGGGACUGCAACAGCAUCCCCAACAUCCCCGGCUCCUGCAAAGAGACCUUCAACCUCUUCUAUUACGAGUCGGAUACGGAUUCUGCCUCUGCAAACAGCCCUUUCUGGAUGGAGAACCCCUAUAUCAAAGUGGAUACAAUUGCCCCAGACGAGAGCUUCUCCAAGCUGGAGUCUGGCCGCGUCAACACCAAGGUGCGCAGCUUUGGCCCUCUCUCCAAGAAUGGCUUUUACCUGGCCUUCCAAGACCUGGGAGCCUGCAUGUCCCUCAUCUCCGUCCGGGCUUUCUACAAGAAAUGCUCCAACACCAUUGCUGGCUUUGCUGUCUUCCCGGAGACUUUGACGGGGGCAGAGCCCACCUCUCUGGUCAUCGCGCCAGGCACCUGCAUCCCCAAUGCAGUGGAGGUGUCUGUACCCCUGAAGCUGUACUGCAACGGCGACGGCGAGUGGAUGGUACCCGUGGGAGCGUGUACAUGUGCUGCCGGAUAUGAGCCGACCAUGAAGGAUACCCAGUGCCAAGCAUGUGGCCCGGGAACCUUCAAAUCUAAGCAGGGGGAAGGUCCCUGCUCCCCCUGCCCUCCCAACAGCCGGACCACCUCUGGAGCAGCAACGGUCUGCACGUGUCGAAACGGCUUUUUCCGGGCGGACACGGACCCCGCAGACAGCGCCUGCACCAGCGUCCCCUCUGCCCCCCGCAGCGUCAUCUCCAACGUGAACGAGACAUCGCUGGUGCUGGAGUGGAGUGAGCCGCAGGACACGGGCGGGCGGGACGACCUGCUCUACAACGUCAUCUGCAAGAAGUGCAGCGUGGAGCGGCGCCUGUGCACCCGCUGCGACGACAACGUGGAGUUCGUGCCGCGCCAGCUCGGCCUCACCGAGCGUCGCAUCUACAUCAGCAACCUGAUGGCCCACACCCAGUACACCUUCGAGAUCCAGGCUGUGAAUGGUGUCUCCAACAAGAGCCCUUACCCUCCCCAUUUCGCCUCUGUCAACAUCACCACCAACCAGGCAGCCCCAUCUGCCGUGCCUACGAUGCACCUGCACAGCAGCACCGGGAACAGCAUGACGCUGUCGUGGACUCCCCCGGAGAGACCCAACGGCAUCAUUCUUGACUAUGAGAUCAAGUACUCGGAGAAGCAAGGCCAGAGCGAUGGCAUCGCCAACACAGUCACCAGCCAGAAGAACUCGGUGCGGCUGGACGGGCUGAAAGCCAAUGCUCGGUACAUGGUGCAGGUCCGGGCACGCACGGUGGCUGGAUACGGCCGGUACAGCCCCCCCCCAAAAUUUCAGACAAACCCUCCGUCAGGCUCCACGAGCAAGACCUUCCAAGAGCUGCCUCUGAUCGUGGGUUCGGCCACUGCAGGGCUGCUAUUCGUCAUCGUUGUGGUGAUCAUCGCUAUCGUCUGCUUCAGGAAAGGGAUGGUUACUGAACACCUCCUCUCGUCUCCUUUGGGCAGGAAGCAACGCAACAGCACGGACCCCGAGUACACAGAGAAGCUGCAGCAAUACGUCACCCCUGGGAUGAAGGUCUACAUUGACCCGUUCACCUAUGAGGACCCCAACGAAGCCGUUCGGGAAUUCGCCAAAGAGAUUGACAUCUCCUGUGUCAAAAUCGAGGAGGUCAUUGGAGCAGGGGAGUUCGGCGAGGUGUGCCGUGGGCGCCUGAAGCUGCCCGGCCGCCGCGAGAUCUUCGUGGCCAUCAAGACACUGAAGGUAGGCUACACGGAGCGGCAGCGGCGGGACCUCUUGAGCGAGACCAGCAUCAUGGGCCAGUUCGACCACCCCAACAUCAUCCACCUGGAGGGUGUGGUGACCAAGAGCCGCCCCGUCAUGAUCAUCACGGAGUUCAUGGAGAACUGCGCACUCGACUCCUUCCUCCGGCUGAACGAUGGGCAGUUCACGGUCAUCCAGCUGGUAGGGAUGCUGCGAGGCAUCGCCGCCGGCAUGAAGUACCUUUCGGAGAUGAACUACGUGCACCGGGAUCUGGCUGCCCGCAACAUUCUGGUCAACAGCAACUUAGUCUGCAAAGUGUCCGACUUCGGGCUCUCUCGCUUUCUGGAGGACGACCCGGCCGACCCCACCUACACCAGCUCCCUGGGGGGCAAGAUCCCGAUCAGAUGGACGGCUCCUGAGGCUAUUGCCUACCGCAAAUUCACUUCAGCCAGCGAUGUGUGGAGCUACGGCAUUGUCAUGUGGGAAGUGAUGUCCUACGGGGAGCGACCCUACUGGGACAUGUCCAACCAGGAUGUGAUCAACGCAGUGGAGCAGGAUUACCGCCUGCCACCCCCCAUGGAUUGCCCCACGGCGCUGCACCAGCUGAUGCUGGACUGCUGGGUGCGGGACCGCAACCUGCGGCCCAAGUUUGCACAGAUCGUCAACACGCUGGACAAGCUCAUCCGCAAUGCUGCCAGCCUGAAAGUCAUCGCCAGUGUUCAGUCUGGCAUCUCCCAGCCGCUCCUGGACCGCACCGUCCCGGAUUAUACCACCUUCACCACCGUGGGAGACUGGCUGGAUGCCAUCAAAAUGGGACGAUACAAGGAGAAUUUUGUCAAUGCCGGCUUUGCCUCCUUCGACCUGGUGGCGCAGAUGACUGCGGAAGACCUGCUGAGGAUAGGGGUGACGCUAGCAGGGCACCAGAAGAAGAUCCUGAGCAGCAUUCAGGACAUGAGGCUGCAGAUGAACCAGACGCUCCCGGUGCAGGUUUGACCGCAGUGGACUCUGCAUUGGAACGGACCGAGGGAACCUGCCAACCAGGUUCAGUUUGUGGUGCAGCCCGGCUUCCCGUUUCCCCCUUCACACGG